AUGAUUCUCCGGACUUCGCGCAGGAUUGUCCUGCUUUCUUUUCUCACAUUGCUUUUCAUAUGCGCCAUGCUACGUCAGAACCCGUGGGCGCAAGAAAGAGUCUAUGACAACAUUCGCCUGUACAACUCGGAGAGGAGACCGGCAGAGCAGGAGAUUUUGCACGAGAGCAGUGACAAAGACCAGCAACUGCAAGGCCCUCCUCCUGCUGAAGAUGCCUGGCAACAUGCCCUGCCCAUGCCUGGCCCACACCCAACCGCCCAGCAUACACACAGGCCAACCAGCGCUGCUCCAAACCGCCUGCCGCCUCCCAUGGAGGCUUCGCGCAAGCCCAUGCCCGAGGCGCAGCCCACAAAGGCGUACCCGCCAUGGGUCACUGCGCCGUCGAGGACGGGUGAAUUCGUGCCUCCCACCCCGCGACCUACUAACUUGAAGGAGUACAUGACGAAGAUGCUCAAAUGGCCCCGCCCGAGCUGGGACGGUCACUGGCCGCCGUUCAAGGACUACAUCAACAAGGCCUACGACCCAAAUCGCUGGGAGCAUUUUGACAUGGACUGGCGCAUCUACGACGCUGGACACGACAAGCUGAAUGAUACAAUUGCCUCUGACCCAGUUGCCUACAAGCCCUUCCCCAAGUACAACACGCCUGGGUGGAAGAAGAAGUGGCACGGCGAGUAUGUGGCCUGCUUGGGCCCUCGCGGCAUUCCGCUCAAUGAGAGCACCGACGAUGAAGUUCAAGUCUAUCGCGGGGUCCCCGAGGACUUUCCCCCUGUGUAUGCCGGUGGCUACGACGUCAUUGGCCUGGAUGACGAUGUUUGCUUCGACCGGUAUUCGCGCUAUGGCCCCUACGGGUACGGCGACGACGAGUUCCCCGAGGUGGUCAAGAACUGGAAAGCGCCCCAGUUGGUCCCCGAGUGGUCCGAAGUAAACUGGGGCGCGCUGCAGGAAGAUUGCCUCAGCCGCAACAAGGAGCGAUUCCGGCCCGGGGCAAGAUCUCCCGUUGUCAAGAUUCCCAGCACCGUUUUGCCUGAGCCCGCCGUUGCUUCGUCUGCCUUUGCCAUCCCGACCGACACGAGCAGGAGCAACAUUGAGGUCAGGGACAAGCCCGAGAAGAAGUACCACCACCGCACUGCCGUGCUCAUCCGCGCAUGGACCGGCUACAAGUACGAGGAGAACGACAUUACCGCCAUCCGCGCCAUGGUAUCUGAGCUCUCGCUCCAGUCUGGCGGCGAGUACCAGGUCUUCCUGUACGUGCACGUCAAGGACCGGAAUCUGCCCAUCUUCGACGACCAAGACACAUACGACCGCAUACUUACCGAAAACGUGCCCGAGGAACUGCGCGAAAUUGCCAUUUUAUGGUCCGAAUCCAUUUUUCCCAAGUGGUAUCCCCAUGUUGGAGACUGGCAAGUUUAUUGGCAGCAGUUCAUGUGUCUACAAUGGUUCAGUCUUACACACCCCGAAUUCGACUACAUCUGGAACUGGGAAACCGACGCGAGAUAUACGGGACACCACUACCACUUUUUUGAGAAGAUUGGCGAGUUUGCCGACAAGCAGCCCCGGAAGCUCUUGUGGGAGCGCAACAAGCGCUACUAUCUCCCCAGCAUCCAUGGCGAUUACCAGUCGUUUGUCGAGAACACGCACAAGGAUGUGCUCAAUGCAUCUGCCCAUUCGCUCAUCCCACCGCCCGUCUGGGGACCACGCCCCUGGGCACGAGCUGACCCCCCGCAAAAGCCCCUUGGACCCAAGCCGCCCACGACCAUGGAGGAAGACAACUUUCAGUGGGGUGUUGCUGAGCCUGCCGACUUCAUCACCCUGCUUCCCAUGUGGGAUCCGCGCAAUACCACGUGGUCGUACAAGGACAAGAUCUGGAACUACCUCCCCGGCGUCCGGCCCAUUUUCACCCCCGAAGACGGCCAGGCCGAUUGGUUCACGCAUCCCGACUUUGAGCAAAUCGACCGCCGCACAUUUAUCAACACGGUUGUGAGAUUCAGCAAGAGAAUGCUUCAGGCCAUGCACGAAGAGAACCUGGUCGGCCGCAGCAUGCAGGCUGAGAUGUGGCCGUCGACGGUCGCGCUCCAGCACGGCCUCAAAGCCGUCUAUGCACCCCACCCCAUCUUCACGGAUCGCCACUGGCCCGCCGCCUACACGGAAGCCAUUUUCGACACGGCCAACACAGUCAAUGAGGAGACGGGCGAGGCGCUCGAAGCCCGCCAAGGCGCAUGGACCGAAGAAGGCGACUCGCCCUACAACCACGACCGCGAGUACAACUUCCAAGGUUGGAGCUGGUACUACGCCUCGCGCUUCCCACGCAACCUGUACCGCCGCUGGCUCAACUGGCCCAUGGUCAAGCAGAACUGGGGCGAGUCGGAGCGCGUCGACGGCGGGCCCGGUAACGAUGGUGCCUUGGAACAGCGCCGCAUGUGCAUGCCGGGUAUCUUGCUGCAUCCGGUUAAGAAGAUGGCCAAGGAGCAGGCGAAGCCUUGA